GAAAAGUUCUGGGCUGAGCUGGAGCGUGAGGGGGGGUCGGAGCCUCCGCGUCCGGCAGCAGGUGACCCUGAUGCGACCCUCCAUAUCCUGUUUCCAAUUGCUGGAACCGACUCAAACUCAUCCUCCUCUCAACACCCGGUUGAAGGCCUCCAGAUCCAGAUGUACUGAAAGCUAGUUUUCUUCAAUUUGCAGCUCUUUGUGCUGGUAUAGUAACUACAUGGUAGCUUUCACCAACAGGCAAACAGGGACAGCUGUUCCAAAGAGGCUAGCAGGAACAGCCUGGUAGGGGUCCAUCUCCGGACAGACGCGGAUGAUGCCAGAGCUAUGACAGGGGCUGCAGUCUUGGCACUGAGGGGUGAUCAGUUAUGGAACAGCUACAGAAGGAAGUACUUGAAGUCAAGACGGAGGAAAAGGAAGAGGCAGUGAUAGCAGCAGGUGAAACCUCAGAUCCAAGUGGAGGACCAGAUUGUUCGCUGCCUUCUAGCAGCUAUACAGACCUCUCCCAGAGCUCUUCUCCAUCCCUGUCAGACCAACUCCAGAUGGGCUGCGAGGAGACAUCUGCUGCAAGUCUAAAUGUGGAAUGCAGGGUCUGUGGGGAUAUAGCAUCAGGAUUUCAUUACGGAGUGCAUGCAUGCGAGGGCUGCAAGGGUUUCUUCCGUCGGACGAUCCGCAUGAAGCUGGAGUAUGAGAAGUGUGACCGGAACUGUAAAAUCCAGAGGAAGAACCGGAACAAGUGCCAGUAUUGUCGCUUCCAGAAAUGCCUCUCGCUGGGCAUGUCGCACAAUGCAAUUCGUUUUGGCCGCAUGCCAGAAGCAGAGAAGAGGAAGUUGGUAGCGGGUCUGACGGCGAGCGAGAUCAGCUGCCAGAACCCACAGGUGGCUGACCUGAAAGCUUUCUCCAAGCACAUCUACGAUGCCUACCUGAAAAACUUCAACAUGACCAAAAAGAAGGCAAGAGGCAUCCUCACUGGGAAGACCGGCAGCACUCCGCCGUUCGUGAUCCAUGACAUGGACACCCUGUGGCAGGCAGAAAAGGGGCUGGUCUGGAAGCAGCUUGUGAACGGGAUCCCUCCAUACAAGGAGAUUGGGGUCCACGUCUUCUACCGCUGUCAGUGCACCACGGUGGAGACAGUGCGGGAGCUCACCGAGUUCGCCAAGAGCAUUCCCAGCUUCCUCGGCCUCUACCUGAAUGACCAGGUGACUCUGCUGAAGUACGGGGUUCAUGAAGCCAUCUUCGCCAUGCUGGCCUCUAUCAUGAACAAGGACGGGCUUCUGGUGGCCAACGGGAACGGGUUUGUCACACGUGAGUUUCUGCGCAGCCUGCGCAAGCCCUUCAGCGAGAUCAUGGAGCCUAAGUUUGAGUUUGCCAUAAAGUUCAAUGCCCUGGAGCUGGACGACAGCGACCUCUCUCUCUUCGUGGCUGCCAUUAUCCUGUGUGGGGACCGCCCUGGCCUGAUGGACGUGAAGCAGGUGGAGGGGAUACAGGACAACAUCCUCCAGGCCCUGGAGUUCCACCUGCAGGCCAACCACCCGGAUGCUCAGUACCUCUUCCCCAAGCUGCUCCAGAAGAUGGCUGACCUGCGGCAGCUGGUGACCGAGCACGCGCAGCUGGUGCAGAAGAUUAAAAAGACAGAGACAGAGACCUCAUUGCACCCACUCCUGCAGGAAAUCUACAAGGACAUGUACUGAGGAGCUUUAAAGCCAUGGAUCCUGAGCAAAACACUUUGUAUGAUGACCGAGAAGCCUCCCCCGCCCUCCCUCCACAACGUCUUCCAUUUCUUCUACUUGGAACGAUUUUCUAGAUGACCUCUACCUAUGGUACAUAGGCCUAUCUGCCAUGAGAUUUCGUGGCUACUGUGUGCUAAGCCCGGGCUUCCGUUAACGGACACUUAUCAACCUCAAAGGCAAAACAAGCGAAGCUUCUGUUGCCACAGCCCAGCUGUCACGCCGCUCCCUUCUGCCUUCCAAGCUACCCACGUGUUUACGUGCAUUGCAGAGAAGGUGGGAUUACGGCACCAGCAGAGUAACAAGGGUAUGGUCUGAUGUAACGAGACCAUUCAGUACCUUGAUUAUCCGACAGGUCCAGGAACAGCACUUAAUCACUUGUUCAUUGUGCAUUGGUUUUGUAUUGCACUUGGAAGACUCUUAGGCCUGCACUGUAAAGCCUAGGACAUUGGAACAAAAGGAAGUGUAUCUCUCUCUCGAUGGAUGGAUGUGUCUCCCAAAGAAAGGCCUGACUGUGUGAUGAAGGGUACUGAUGCUUCAUUGGGAGAGAGACCAUGAGUUAGUCCCCUGGAUUCACAAGACAGGCAUGCCUUCCUCGAGAGAUGUGCAUUCUCCUCUGCCUUAUGAAACACUCCUGUGGGUUGUAACAUGGAAUCCUAUGUCUGACCCCCUGCCGGGGUGGAGCUGGUCCUUCUUAGCCCCUAGAUUUCAAAGGGGAAGGCUACUUUUCCUCUCCCUCCUAUAUUUGCUUAAAAAAUGGAGUGGGGAGAUGGGCAGCAGUGGGCAGUAACUCUCUUUAAAAACCAGCUUAGUCUUCAGAGCAGAUGCUAAAACCACAGUUGCUCGCAGUCUUUGAUCCAGGGUGUCCAGAGGAGACUUGAAGUGUCGGAAUGACAAGUUGCUGCUGAUCUAGGAGGAUGAAGGGUUGGCUGUGCUGUGAAGGGGACAGUAGUGAGCAGAGCAGGGUGAGGCAAGGGUGUCACAGAAACCAGUAAUAGUAAUUUCUCUGUCUUGCUGUUUCCUUUCCCACCCCAUUGGUCAACCCGCUGCAGCUUGUGGCAUAGCCAGAGGAGGCCUCUCAGUGUGAGGCCAACAAUGGUGCCUUCCCCAUCAACACACAGUAUAAUACACUGGUGUCCUCCGAUCCCUGGGGUCCCUCCUCUUUCUCCUGUGGCUGGUUGCAUCUGCACAGUUGGCGUCGGCAAUGGCCAGAGCCAUCACUAAGCUACACUGCAACAUCUCUCCAUCGAACUCUCCUGGCAUGGGCUGCUGGGGUGACCCGGAGCCAAGUGUGACCCAUGACUUACUCGUUUUGGGGGCUUAAUUCAUCAGACUGAGGCCAUCCAGAUCAGCCCAGCUGAGGGGCUGCUUUGGUAAUUUGCCGAGAGCCUAAGGUCCACUGCUGCAGGUCCCACUAUGCCACACUCCAGCUUGGUCAGAGCAGCUGUUGAAGGAUGGGUAAGUGGCCUUUGGCCCCCAGGUCAGCUGCUCAGAUCCAGCCCCGGUCUGUAGCGAGCAGGAAAUCCGAAGGCUUUUGAGUGGCCUAUAUGCAAUGAGUUGGUGAUUCUCAAUCCAGUUCCUAGCGGACAAGUGUCCACCUCACUACUCUCCCUGGCACUAAUUGGCACUUUCGUCAGCAGUCUCAGCAGGGAUGCCACGGCUUGACUGAGCUGUGGAGACAGAACUCACCUAGUGGGACGAAGGGCAUGACCCCUCCCUGCUCAGAGCUGAGGCAUGUUAAUGAAACAGUACAGGGGAAGUUUACCCAGCCACCACCUGGGCUGUCCCUGCUCUGUGAACACGACUUCAGUCUCUGGUGCAGCCUAGACUCUAGCCAGCACUAAAUUCACUUUGACUCUAGCUUCAGGUGCUGGUGGCGUGUGUAAAGCUCUCCACUUGCACCAGUCUGCUGAGAUGGGAUGGGUGUGCGCAGGGGCGGAUCUCUCUUGGCAGGUGAGACCUUUGGAGGGAUUAGGGCAGGUGGGUCAUGAGGAGAUCCUUUGCUUGCCAAGUGGUCUGCAGAAUGAAACUGCUGGGGAGUCAUUGGCAUAGGGCAAAAUGUAGCACCCUGCAGCUGUGCCAUUCACUGAGCUCCGGUGGGGGCUGCAAGGCCUGUUCUCUUUGCAAAGUAAAGGGCAGCUGGGGAAUGGGAAAAGCCUUAGUGAAUGCACAGCUUGAAGCAUGACUCCUGCUCUGCAGAUCAUAGAGUGCCUCCAGCCUGUGGGAAGGGACUAGAGCAGCAUGGGGAGAGUCUCGUGGCAGCCAGGCCGAUGCACAAGAUGUGUGACCUGUUAGGUCUCUUCCAUGUCGGAUUUCUAGGAGAGCGGCAGGCACUGAAGCUGCAGUGUUAGGGAAACCUGCUGCUGGAGAGUGACUAGUGCUGGUCUGAGAUGCCUGAACUCUUUGAUCCUAAUCCUGGCUAUGCCGCGGUCUCUGUUUGGCCUUAGGGGAGUCAAACCGCUCUGCCUCAAUUUCCCCAUCUGUAAAAUGGGACUAAUAGUUGACUCUCCCUUGCAGGGGGGCUGUGAAGGUUAACUAGUUAGCAUUUGUAAAAAGCAUUCAAGCUGUAAAGUGUGAUAUAAAUAUCAAGUAUUAUUUAUUUUGGGAGAUGGGGAGCAAAAACGCUGCAUUUAUCAUGGUGACAAACGGGUUUAUGAUGGGGUGGAGAGAGAAGCCUGUUCGAAGAGCCCAAGCAAGGCACAAAGCAGCUGGACCCAACCUAAUGCUGCCUAGCGGUUCUCUGUUCAUUGAUGCCACGUUGGCAACUGCGAGUACCAGUUUAGCUUUCAGGCUUUGUGGUCUGACAGAAAAGGCCGGGCACCCUAAUGAGCGAUCUCACAUCAUGACUUUCUCGCAGCCUGGGGUUCCGCCUGCCUCUCCACAAUGGAAGUCUCGUGUUCCCUCACUUCGUGUCCCCAGCGGAUCGGGGCUGAGUCAGGUUUUCUGGCUGGGACGGUAGCAGCUGACCCAAGGUCCCGUCUGCAUGCAGCACUUAACACUCCAUCUGUGGCUUUUGGAGUCUGUCUGGUCUCAACAUGAGACAGUUGGACCAAAGCCACCGAGCUCCAACUCAGGAACAGUAAAGGGAAGGAUGAAAGGAAGAACGCUGCCUGCCCAGCAGUGGGGGAGGAGAUUGUCCUGGUGUUUAUAGAGCUCCCAUCUGACCAUGGCACUGAGGCCGCCUUGUGGCGGUGCUAUUAGCACAACAGUUCUUAAGUCUUUGGUGCUCCUCUCCAGCUUUCUCUGUGUAUCGGGGGCAGAGGGAGGCCUGGAAGCUCAGAUGGCAGCCUGGAUCUCUAUCUUUGUGUCUCACGGAUCCCAGAAAAAAUGGGCUCAGCUUGACAAGUGAAGACCAGGUGGCUAUGAAAGGACUGGACAGGGCACAUCUGGUGUCCUGAGCAGGCUCGCUAACGGACCUGGAUUACACUCCUUCCCUGCCCCUUUGGGGUAAUGGGUUACCCUGGUGCAAUAAUGUCUUACAAAUCUGAGGCAGAGGAAUAAUCUGCUUCCCUUCCAUAACUGCUUGGUAAUCCCACUGCUUCUGUCCUCCCUAGUAAGCACCCAUAUCAGAAGUUGGGACUGGUAUAGAUCCCCACCCGUCAUUACACCAAAACUGCAGCCUAUCCCACCCUUAUGCUUGUUGUCUUCCCCCCCACGCGCACACUCCCCACAGGGGCGAUACCCCUCCUAGGUAUGGUUCAUGGCUGCACAUACUAGUACUGAGCAAUGUACAUUUAAUUGAAGGAGGGUUGUGUAGUGCAGCAGUUCCCAAACUUCACUGGUUCCCUUAGCACCACCUGUAAAGAUCAUGGUGAAGUGAACAAAUAGUCCAUCAAGCUCACAAUCUGCUGUUUGAAAACCCCUGGUCUAGUGGCUAAUGCAUGAAGAGGCUCCAGGUUGAGACCUUUGUGGCCUGUUCCCAGCUCUUUGCCAGCUUGCUGCGCUCCUUUGGCAAGUCACGCCUCCCCUCUUGCCUCAGUUUCCCCAUCUGUCUCAUCUGCCUAGUCUUUUUCCUUCCCUAUGUCACAGGGGUGUCGAGGCCCAUUUGUAAAGCACUUUGAAGUCCUCUUGUGAAAGGAGCCAGAGAAGUGUGAAUGACGGACUGAUGGGUUUGUGAUUGGUACCUUUCCAAAGUAUCUAUACUGACCCUGUGGCCCCUGCUCUGGAGCGCUCCGAGGCUGUGAACGGAGAGGCUGCUGUGACUCCCGGCCAGCCCUGGCCCCCAGGAGAUGCUAGGCUCAUGUUCUCUUCAUCGCUUGAGGAACUUUUGCUUGUUGUCAAUGUAACAAGCCUCAAACUGAAAUGUAUAUUUUUGCUAGAAGUACAAACCUCCAAGUGUUUUUAAUAUAAACAGUGUCGCAGACUGACUUACCUUUAAAAUAAAUCUGACCUAAAUA